UCGCUCAUAGCCAUUAGGUGGAAAGUGCUUGCACUUUACCUNAACCCAGCCUGAAGCCACAAAACAAAAUCUUAUGUCCUAAAAUCUCUCUUCAGUUACUAAGAUUCUGGCACUGACCACCUGUGGACAGUUUGGUAACUCCAGUGUAAGCUGAUUGAUGGGGUUUGCAAGCUAUCCAGCUCGAUUCCAGGAGGAAGAAGGGGAAAUGCCUCCUGAGUGCUGGAUUUGGAGCUCAGGCAAGCUCCAAACUUUCAAAGCAGUGAACCCAGGGGCACUGCCCAGAAAGGGGAUAGGCAGGCACUUAGGCAGCAAGGAUCAGGAAUCUUAGCCUCUCCCAAGGGCUUGGUGAAGGAACAGACUGUUGGAGGAGACACACUGGUGCUACUGAACUGCAAAUCUGCAGAUCUGGAAAAGGAUUGGCCCAGGCUGGAACCACUCUGUGGUGUCCCUUCAGCACACUCUAACCCUAAGGGUGGUGCUCAUGUCAAUAAGACUCAAUAGCCAUCAGAACCUCCACAAGGAGUUGCCAGUCAGAAGAGGCAGUGACACUUCCAGGAUUUAGUCACCUAUGAUGAUGUGCAUGUGAACUUCACUCAGGAAGAGUGGGCUUUGCUGGAUCCUUCUCAGAAGAGUCUCUACAAGGGUGUGAUGCUAGAGACCUAUAGGAAUCUCACAGCUAUAGGUUACAUUUGGGAAGGACAUACAGGUGAAGACCAUUUCCAAACUUCUAGAAGUCAUGGAAGGCAUGAAAGAAGUUGUUCUGCAGAGCAACCCUCUGAGUUUAUUCAAUGUGGUAAAGCCUUUGCAUAUGAGAGUCAUAGUCAAAGGCAUGAAAUAAAACAUACUGGAGAGAAACACCAUGAUUGUAACCAAUGUGGUAAAGCUUUUAAAAGAAGGAGUGACCUCCAAAUACAUAAGCGAACACAUACAGGAGAGAAACCCUAUGAAUGUAACCAAUGUGGUAAAGUCUUUGCAAGAUGUGGUGACCUCCAAAAACAUAAACGAACACAUACAGGAGAGAAACCCUAUGAAUGUAAACAAUGUGGUAAAGCCUUUACAAGAAGCUAUAUUCUCCAAAUCCAUAAGAAAACACAUACAGGAGAGAAACCCUACAAAUGUAACCAAUGUGGUAAAGCCUUUGCACAAAGCAGUCAUCUCCGACUACAUAAUCGAACACAUACAGGAGAGAAACCCUAUGAAUGUAAACAAUGUGGUAAAGCAUUUGCACAAAGCAGUCAUCUCCAAAAACAUAAACGAACACAUACAGGAGAGAAACCCUAUGAAUGUAAACAAUGUGGUAAAGCUUUUGCAAGAAGUGAUAGCCUCCAACAACAUAAACAAACACAUACAGGAGAGAGACCCAAUGAAUGUAACUACCUUUGUAGGAAGCAGUGGUCUCCAAUGCCAUAAAAGAUCACAUACAGGAGAGUCACCAUAUGAAUGUAACCAAUGUGGUAAAGCCUUUGCAGGAAGGAGUGACCGUUAAAGAAAAAAGACCAUACAGAAGAGAAACUCUAUGAAGGUAUCUAAUCUUAUAAAGCCUUUGCAGCAAGCAUUGAUCUCCAAGUACAUAAAUGAACAUAUACCAGAGAGGAACCUUUUAAAUGUAACCAAUGUGGUAAAGCUUUUUUGAAAACCAAUAGUCUUUACACACAUAAAAGCACAUAUAGUUGAGAGAAAUGCUUUGAUUUUAACCAAUGUGGUUAAACUUUUUCAAAAAGCAGUCAUCAACAAAAUCAUGAAAGAACACAUGUAGGAGAGAGAUUUUUGAAUGUUAGCAAUGGUGCUUUUACACCUUUUCCACAGAGCAGUGGCCUCCAAAUAUAUAAAGGAACACAUACAGGAGAGAAACCCCAUGAAUAUUGGCAAUGUUUUAAAGCCCUUCUACAUCACAAUCAUCUUCAAAUCCAUAAAGGACAUGAGGUGGAGAGAAAUCCUCUGAAUAACACUAAUUAGGGAAAGCAGUUGUACAAAAGAGUCAUCUCCCAACACAAAAGUAUACACACUGGAUAGAAACCCUAUGAAUAUAAGCAGUGUGGUAAACAUUUUAUAAGUCACAGUAGUUCCUAAAUAAAUAAGAGGAGACACAGUUGAGAGAAACCCUAUGAAAGUUAUCAAAUGAACAAAACCUUGUACAUUAAAAUUUUCACAUACAAAAAAGAAGACAUAGAGGUGAGAAACCCUAUGUUUGCAAGCCAUGUGUUAUUGCUUUGUCAGUCAUAUUCAAAGACAAAAGAAAACAUAAUGUAGACAAAAUGCUGAGUGUAUUUAAUAUGGUGAAGAUUUUUGAAUAUUUCUAGAGUCUUCACAAUGAAANAAUCCAUACUGCAAAGAAAUUUAGGAAUAUACUAUGGUGAAACCUUUUCAGAUUUCCCAAAUCUUCAUCAUUAUGAAUGAGAAACCCAUGAAUGCAUUCAAUAUUGGGAAGCCUUUAAACAUUUCUAAUUCUUCAUCAUCAUGAAAAUAAUCAUAUAAAGGAGAUCAAGGGGAUACAAGGCAUGUUUCUNAUUGUCUUGCUUGAGUUACAGUCCUGACAUCCUUUGGUGAUAAAUAUCAAUUUGGAAAUUGUGAGCGGGAUUAAACCCUUUCCUCCGCAACUGCUUCUUGGUCAUGAUGUUUAUGCAGGAAUAGAAACCUGACUAAGACAAAUUGGUAUCAGGAGUGGGGUAUUCAGGUGACAACCUGACCAUAUUUUGGGAGGACGGUAGAAGGACUUUGGAACUUUGGGCUAGAAGAUCCAUUCUGUGUUAAGAAUUCUGUGGGAUGUUGUGUAGGAGCUUGGAAGAUAAUGUUGAGAACUGUGCAGAAGAUGGAGGCCUGGCUUGUGAAAUUUCACAGGGAAAAUUAAAGCCUCUUUUCAGUGCCAUUGUUACUUUGUGAAGAUUCUGUGGUUCUGGUUAGCUGGAGCUGAAGAAUCAGCUGUGGUGAACAGGAUACCAGAACUUCUAGAGUGAAAACUUUGCAUUACUGGGACUAUUGAUGCUGGUUAGCUGGAGCUAAGAAAUUAGCAGUGAUUAAGAAGAAACCAGCAUCAUUGAGUUGGCAUCUUCUGGGAAGUGUUUUCUGAGAGCAUAUAGACAGUGUUCUAGAGAUAGUAAAGGUUGUACCUUGUGCUGUGCCUGGACUUGGUAAUGUGUUAGAGUUACNCACAUGGUACUGGUUUUGAAGGCAUGAAGGGAUAAUGCAGAGCUGCUGAUGCCCUGCCCUGUGAGAGGCCAUGGAAGGCCAUUGGUGAAGGUGCAAACUCAGGUGAAAUUGAUGUCCCAGUACUGAAGAUAUCAUGCAGUGUUUUGGAGUUUCGAGGUCCACAAAUGACCAACAACAGCAGCAAGUGUAAAGUACAGUCAUCUGGAGCCUAGAGGACAAGCUGUGUGCUACAAAGGACAGGGCUGGAGAAGUGACCCAAGCCCUUGUUGGAGCCCAAAAGUUCGUGAGUUGGAUCCCAGACAUUGGACAGUUGGAGUUUAAUUUUUGUUUUUGAUUGUGACUGUUUGCUAAUAUUUUUCCCUCUUGAAGGGAGAAAAUAUUUUAGUGGAUUACAUAGUUAAUAGACUUUUAAUUGUAAAAGGCUUUGGAUUUUAAAGGAUAUUGGAUAUUUUAAAAUGAUUGAACUUUACUAUGUAAAGACUGUGGGACUUUCAAAGUUGCUUAGAACUUAGGGAUGAAUAAGAAACUAAGGGCUGAGGCUUAGUUGUGAUGUGUUUGUGUGUCAAGGUGAUAAGGGGUCAAUUGUACUGGCUAGUUUUGUGUCAACUUGACACAAGUUGGCGUUAUCACAGAGAAAGGAGCUUCAGUUGGGGAAAUGCCUCCAUGAGAUCCAGCUGUAAGACAUUUUCUCAAUUUGUGAUCAAGGGAAAAGGCCCCUUGUGGGUGGGAACAUUUCUCUGCAGUGCUAGUCUUGGGUUCUACAAGAGAGCAGUCUGAGCAAGCCAGGGUAAGCAAGCCAGUAAAGAAAUAUCCCUCCAUAGCCUCUGCAUCAGCUCCUGCUUCUUGACCCGCUUGAGUUCCAGUCCUGACUUCCUUGGUGAUGAACAGCAAGCAGUAUGAAAGUAUUAGCUGAAUAAACCCUUUCCUCCCCAAAUUGCGUCUUGGUCAUGAUGUUUGUGCAGGAAUAGAAACCAUGAAUAAGACAAGGGGUAUAAGAUGUGGAUUGUAAAAAAAAUAUAUAAGAGAUCAGACAAUAAAGAAAUGAAGAAAUAAA